AUGAGCCUUUUCGUAACCCUACCAGAACUCUUCCAUCAUGGCGCUGGAAUCCUUUUGGGCAUGGGUGUAGCAAGCAGUGUUCUUUACUUUAUUGUUGAUCGUAUUCCCAUUCCUCGGCGGUUGAAUAAAAAGGCUCAACUGAUCGGACAAACGAACCCGGAGAAAAUAACUGGGCUCGAAUGUCCUUACGAAUACCUUCGAGGAGUUUAUGGCAAGUACCACUGGGCACAAUUUGUUCACAAGCUAUCUCCGAAGCUUCGAAAUGACGACCAUUCCAAGUACAUCAUGGUGUUGGAAAUCAUGGACGCCAUUCAUCUUUGCUUGAUGCUAGUGGACGACAUCUCGGAUGGAAGCGAUUAUCGCAAAGGAAAACCUGCUGCACAUAAAAUCUACGGCCCCAUGGAGACGGCAAAUCGGGCAUACUACAAAGUCACCCAGAUCCUUAACCAGACGAUCAAAGAAUUUCCCACUCUCGCACCAUGGUUGAUGAAAGAUCUUCGGGAUAUUCUCGAAGGGCAGGACAUGUCACUUGUUUGGCGCAGAGAUGGGAUCAGUGGCUUUCCCAUCACUGCUAAAGAUAGAGUUGCGGCAUAUCGACGAAUGGCCUCUCUCAAGACAGGUUCUUUAUUCCGCUUACUGGGUCACCUUGUCCUCGAGAAUGAAUCCAUGGAUCAGACUUUCACUGCGGUUGCUUGGUACUCGCAGCUGCAAAACGACUGCAAGAAUGUAUAUUCUUCGGAGUAUGCCAAGCUGAAGGGCCUUGUUGCCAAGGACUUGCACAACCGCGAGAUGACAUUUCCUAUUGUGCUGGCAUUGGAUGCACCAGCGGGGCAUUGGGUCACAAAGGCCCUCGAGUUUCCGUCGCCUCAUAACAUUCGCAACGCCUUGAAAGUAAUUAGGAGCGAGGAUGUGCGCAACAUGUGCAUGGCUGAGCUAGCAGAGUCUGGUGACUCUGUUAAAGAGUGGUUGGAAUUGUGGAGCAGGACAGAAAAACUUGAUUUAAAGGCCUGA